AUGCUGGAGUCGCAGCCGAACUCCGACGGAUUGACAUCAUUCAAUUACAAUAGGAAAAAUAAUUCAAUUAAAAAAUUUAACAACUUGGAACAAAAAUACAACGAGCAUCCAUUUUCAAAAAUUAACAAAUCUAAGUGGUUCGUGAACAUCAGCAGCAAGGACAUACCGGACACUGUUUCUGAUGUGUUAAGCUUGGGUGACAAUUUUGCGUUACCCAUUGAACAGAAACAAAAAAAUGAUCGUAACAAUCUUGUUUUGGACGUUGUCAAGAAUUUUGAAGUGCACAGUAAUAUUUUGCCAACAGAUACGAUUGAAACAACUAGAAUUUCCAUCUCUAACAUCCUUCAGAGAUUUCUUGACAACAAUAAACGCACUAAUUAUUCAGAUAGAUGCAUCUUGCAGUCCUACGCGGUCUCCAAGAGAUAUUUACGCGAAAAUAAAGACAUCAUGGUCACGAGAGCUGACAAAGGUCAGAUCACUGUCGCCAUGGACAGGAGUGAUUAUUUCGACAAGAUGGAAUUGCUGCUGAGUGACACAACCACUUACAGGGAAUUAAAAAAGGAUCCCUUGAAAAGAUUAACUAACAAAAUCAAUGAGUUAGUCAAGUCUUGGCGUAGGAGCGGUUUGAUCGGUGAGUUGACAUAUAAAAACUUAAAUUGCACAAACGGAAAUUUGCCGCGAUGCUACGGGCUGCCGAAGAUUCAUAAAGAUGGUUUCCCGUUGAGAAUCAUAGUAUCUGCUCUGGGAAGCCCGGUAUACAAUAUCUCGAGCUACAUCUACGAUAUCCUAUAUAAAUCGAUAAGAAAACCAAAUUCAUAUGUCAAAGAUGGUUGGUCCUUUGUCGAAAUUAUCAAGAACACUGAUAUUGACAAGGACAACAUCAUGGUGUCGCUGGAUGUGGCUUCAUUAUUCACUAACGUCCCCAAAGAUUUGGUAGUAAAUGCUAUACGGAAACGCUGGGAAGAUAUUGCCAAGAACACUAAAUUCAACCUUUCUCAAUUUUUAUUUGCAACGGAAUUGAUCUUGGAUUCAACUUGUUUUGCAUUUAACGGGCGUUUUUAUGAGCAGAUCUUCGGCACCCCCAUGGGCUCUCCACUUUCACCUAUCUUAGCAGAUAUGGUAAUGGAAGAUAUGGAGAUGCAAUGUCUAAGCUCAUUAGGUUUUACCGUUCCUACUUAUUAUAGAUUUGUCGAUGACGUUUUCGCAAUAUUACCACGCGCAAAAAUCAACGAGAUCUUGACAAAGUUCAACAAUUAUCACGAACGCUUAAGAUUCACUUAUGAGACUGAAGAUGACUCAUCCAUUAACUUUUUGAAUGUAAAAAUUAUUCGGUCCGAUAAUAGACUUAUCACUAAUUGGUUCCGGAAACCUACAUGGUCAGGGAGAAUGCACAUGCAAGUCGUAACUGAUAAACCAUUUUUGAACAGUAACCAGCACACAAAUUAA